AUGGCCAACAUAGUGGCCAACAUAGUGGCGAGGGCCACCCUCCUCAGUGCUCUGGAGGAGAAGAGGCGCCAACAGAUGAAGAAAUUCCUGAUCCAUCGGAUGUUCUUUGUCGCGCUGUUGCGAGAAAAUGCGGAGAGCGCAGAUGUCACAGCAUACCAUGAGCAACUUUUCCAGAGGAUUUCCAAGAUCCACCUAGGGGAAUCCCCCUCUGGCAUCCUCCUCAUCUACUCUCACUGUCUUCUGCAGAUUCUAGAGAUAUUAUCGAUGUCUCACAACAUCCCGACCAGACUCUUCAACCAGUGGUACGCCACAGCAGUGGAAGUCCCAGUAACUCUUGAAGACGUUACGCAGACCCAGACGACAGAGGAAGUGAUCACAGAGUGCCUUACCCUCAACCUGAGACUGGGAGUUUAUCUUGCGACUCUCAAGGUGGGCAAUAAAGGCCUCAGCGAUUGUCUCCACACGGUCGUGCCAGAACUUCUGAUCCCAGCAGAAACCAUCCAGUAUUUGUGCACGGCUAAGGAGUGCCUCAGUCCAGAGGAGUUUCUGAAGAUAUACAACAAUCCUUUGCAGCCUAAAAUGGAUUCAGGCAAAGGGGGUGGGUCUCCUAUGCCUGGAGACCCUGGAACCACCAAACUAGUGGGACCUGCCUUUGAGAGGAAGAUCUGCUCGUCCAUCCUGCAUCUGAGAACAGCAGUGGCUGCUUGCCAUGAUGGCUACUUUAUGCCAGUGCCAGAUUAA